UAAUCGACUCUCAAUAUUAAAGACCUCUUAUGUUGUCAGCGCAUGCGUGUUAGCAGUUAGCGACAAACUGCCGACAAUCAAUACGACGGCAGUGCGAACGUAAUCGUAAACGUAGCAGAUCAUAACAAAUGUUCAACAAAAUGUUGCAUAUAUUUUUGUUGUUUUUUAUCGUUUUCAAUGUCUAUUGUGAACCGGAGACGGUGAGAGAUAAUUUAGAUUACUUUAGUUACGGGAACAAUGAAGAUGUAUUGAAGAAUUUGGACAUACACGUCCCAAAAGAUGAGAUUGUACUCAGACCACAAGAAGUAAAAGACUGGCCCCAACAGUCGCUGAACGUGGGCCAGAUUACAGCAGUCUCCUUAAAUUCAUUGGGACAACCGGUUAUUUUCCAUAGAGCCGAAAGAGUUUGGGAUGAAAGCACCUUUAACGAGUCAAACGUCUAUCAGAACUUGGACAAAGGUCCUAUAAUAGAGGACACGAUUCUAGUGUUGGAUUCUCACACCGGUUCAGUCCUGCACAGCUGGGGUGCUUACGCAUUCUAUAUGCCUCAUGGACUUACGGUCGACCAUCAUGACAAUGUUUGGGUCACUGACGUCGCAAAACAUCAAGUCUUUAAGUACACACCAAGCAACCACAAAUAUCCUAGUUUGACUAUUGGCGAAGCUUUUACAGCAGGCUAUCCGUACAGACGUCGCGUAUUGUUGUGCAUGCCGACAUCGGUAGCCAUAGCAACGACUGGCGAAAUCUUUGUCGCAGACGGUUACUGCAACAAUCAGAUCUUGAAGUUUAAUGCGGCCGGUACUUUGCUACUAACAAUUCCUGCGUUCUCUGACACAUUAACACUCAAUCUGCCACAUAGUGUCACAUUACUGGAACAUUUGGAUGUUGUGUGCGUUGCUGAUAGAGAGAAUAUGAGAAUCGUGUGCCCGAAAGCUGGUCUGAAGAGUUAUAUAGACAUUAUGGAACCGGCGACAAUCAUCGAAGACCCUACGUUAGGCCGUGUGUUCGCUGUUGCUUCCCAUGGUGACAUUAUAUAUGCCGUGAAUGGACCAACGUCACAAAACAUAGCAGUCAGAGGAUUUACCGUAAAUGCUGUUUACGGCAAUAUUUUGGAUACUUGGGAACCGGCCACUGGUUUCACAAAUCCACAUUCUUUGGCCGUAACAAGGAAUGGAUCACAUUUGUACGUUACAGAAAUCGGACCGAACAAGAUUUGGAAGUUUGAAUUGACCGAUGUUUACGACCGAAAGUAGAAGACCAACGAAAAACAUAAAUUAAUUUAAGUUUUACAAAAUAAUAUCGCUUUGUUGCGAUGGCGGAUAUAAUUCGCGAUUAACCU